CACGGAAGAAUCAUUGGCGAAAGGUCUUCUUUAUAUUCCAAUUCAUUGACGAAUUCUGAGCUGCGGAGAGCCUGGUUAGGAAGAAGUCGUCUUAAACCAUGGCAUUUGCCUCUCUCCCGCCCGAACUACGCAGUCUUUGCCGAAGACUGACGGCGACUAAAGUAGAACAACUUCCAUCUCUGCUGCCUUCCCUUCUUAAGGAUUUAUUGCGUUGCCAAGAACCUCUUUCAAGACCUCAGGAGGCGAAGACUUCUGAGAGCUCUUCCGAAUCAACUGUGCUCGUACACAAGUUGAAGACACAAAUAUCUGCGCUAUUGAAUAGCAGAAAUGUCCAAGGCCGCUUUGUUGGAGUUGCACUAGUAAAAUGUGUAAUAGAGACUGGCGGCUGGGAAUGUCUUCGGACAUCUGAGUUGUGGGUCCGCGGAAUAUUAUCUAUCCUUCAGAGAAAAGAUCCUGCCGUUGUUAAGGAUCUGUGUAUUGUAACCCUGGUCAAGAUAUACACCUUAAUGCAUGCGUAUCCGACUUUGGUACGAGAGAUCGUCACACCAACCCUUCCUACAUUUGCGACGGCUUGUCUUCAGGUUUUAAAACCACCUGCAUCUAGCAAAGCUGCCAAGAUACCUAACAGUCUCGUCGAGCACAUCUUCGAGGCUUUUUCUACGAUAAUCCCGUUGUAUCCAACUACUUUGCGCCAGUUUGCGUCUAAAUUCAGAGUUGAGACACGGCCAUAUAUUGCGCCGACCAUCUCAGAUGGCACAAUAACACCCGCAUCUUUGCAGGCAAGUAGUCGACGUCUGGCAAUAAGACUACAUAUGACGGCUGUGAAGGGUGGCGACUCGUCUGAAUGGGCGAAGCAUCUGGAUGGACUCAUCAAGACGUUCCAUUCUACAGCUGACCAAGUCUUCCGAGCCGUCCAAGAGAGUUGGGAGCCAACGUCUGGUCACGUACUCGGUUCCGUGCUUCAACAGGCAGCCUUUGAUAAUGAACCUCAAGGUGGUAGUACCAACUUAGAGCAGUUGCCAUUGUGGGUUGGCAUCUACGCGGGUAGUGAAAGGAUGAUUGCCUUACUGGAUUUCGUUGGGGAGUACCUUCGCUGCCGCACCAAAACAGCCGUUACUAUCCCAGUCAGUUCAAUUGUUGAUAUCAUUACACGAAUAUCUUCAAUCUUACCACCAAGUCAAGGGGGGGAGAAGUCAACGUCGAUUCAAAUGAAUCCGGCUGUUGGUAGAGAAGAGAAAGACGAAUUAUGGACGGUAUUUUCGGACAUUCAGCUUGCGGCAAUAAAUUUAUUGCAUACCGUGGCACGGCGUUUAGGAAGAAAUUUUAUGCCAGUAGCUCAGGAAUCACUUGAGCAGCUCAUUCGAAUGUUUGAAUCAAGCUAUCGUCUACCUGAAAUUCGAAAAGCGACAUUCCUCUUCACAAAAGACAUACUUCAGCUCUGCGGACCAACGAUGGCAAAACUUGCCGUUGAGAGCAUAAGUCUCGUCGCCAAAGCGUGCUGUCGUGACCUCUUAGGAUCCGCAGGUCAUCUCAAGCGUCCUAGACAACCAGCUUCUGCUGCUCAGGUCGGCCAAAAACAAAAAUCCAUCAGCCAGAAUGCAGACGCGUUCCUCAGUACCAAAGCUGAAGAUGAGUCUAUUUCAACUACCCUAAGCGCAGACCACAUUUCCGCAGCAGCUGAGCUCUUGACCACUCUUUUUAGCCAUGUGCCGCAGCAGCAUCUUCCUUCCUCCCUUCGAGCCCAAAUGCUCAGAACGGCCAUCCUAUGUCAGAACAGAGAUGCGCAGGUAGCGAGCGUGCUACAUCCAGCACGAGACAAAAGCGGGCGGACACCGCAGGUCAUAUUACCCUAUCUCGUUCAGCAAUUUCCUCGCGACGAGAGCGUAGAAAUCCUACGUUUCAAUUUCCGACCUAUGGCAACCGGAUCCAGAAACGAUUUUAUGGAUGUGGACGAUACGUCUGCCGCAGAUGACCCGGAGGAGCAACCCCCAAGCAAUGGUCCGUCAUUCAAUCAGCCAUUCGCCUCUCGGUUCACGGGGUUCCACGAGUUUCCAGGCUCCAAUGCUUCCGAGGCACCCCGAAGUCAUUCUCCCCCGCGAGCUAUCGAGACAGCAGUAAAGGCCCCCAACCCGUUCGUUCCCAAGCCCUCAUCAGAAUUAGCCACCGUAUCCGAGGAGGAACACGCUGCUACUUCCACGGUUCAACCGUCGCCGCCGAUAUUACCUUUAAAACGAAAGAACGAGAGCGAGGAUAUUGCCGCGUCAAAACGAAUCGAGAUCAGCAAAGCGACAGCUAUCAGCGCCCCAGUGCCUACCGCGCACAGCCACGCUGCUCCCGCGGCAAGCAGCGCCGCAGCCGCAGCCCCUAACGCGGACGACGAGGAUAGCGAUGACGAGAGCGUCCACCUAAACAUGGACCUUGAUUCAGACGAGGAUUUAGAUGACGACGACGGAGAAGAGAUUUAGGGGGGGUCCGGCGAAUAGGAGUUCGAACCGAUAAUUUGCGCAUGCGGCGUCGCAUUCGAUAACUUGGCGAGCCCGCCGCCUUGUUCCGGAUAAAUAGAUCUCACACCUGGAAAGGGGGACUACGAUAUGUCGUUGGAGAGAAACUUGGCCAGACGUUAAUUGAAUAAUUGCCCUAUCGCGCAGAUGCAAGGCACGUAGGUCGUUUCGAUGUAAAUAUAUAUAUUGCACAAGGAGUGACCGCGUAAG